AUGUACCAAUACGAGUUUUUCGGUGUUAUUGGACAAGUUGAAAGUGUUUAUGAGUUGCAAACAAUAUCUGUUAUGAAUAAGGACACCACCAAACUCGAGUUCGCUCUACGAAAUGCUAAUGAUGAACGUUUACCAUGCACACUUUGGGGAAAGUUUGGUGAAGAAGUCUGGUCGGCUUGUCGGAGUUCGGGUGAAAGAAGUGUCAUUCUUGUGAUCUGUUUUGGGAAAAUUAACGUUUUCAAAGGUGAUCGUCGAAUAACAAGUAGUUGUCAAACAACGAAGGUUCUGAUCCAUUUGAAUGAUCCCGAUGCCAUUGUCUUCAAGAAUAGUUUACCUGAGAAUUGCGGACGUAUUACCUUCUUGAGUAGCAAACCUCAACAAUGGGUUUCUUAUGGUGGUGAGAUUCAUUUCGAUCAGUUUCCAAUGGUCACUAUUUCAGAAUUACAAGAUUCUCUUGAGGUUGGGAAAUGUAAGAUCAUGUUCACCAUCUACGCGGUUGACACAGACUGGUCGUGGUUUUAUUUGGUUUGCACUAGGUAUGGUAAAAAAGUGUACAAAAUUCCAAAGAAGGAAGAUCAAAAAAUGACCAAGAAGAAUAAAACCCUUUAUUCAUGUGAAACAUGUGAUGCAAAAGUGUUAUUUGUGAGUGCGAGGUACAAACUUCAUCUUUGCGUUAUGGACGAUACCAGCAAGAUCAAGUGUUUUCUUUAUGAUAGAAAUGCGCAGGAUAUUUUAAAUCAGAAAGUUGAUGAAAUUCUCAAGGGGAACUUCGAUGAGAUACAAGAAUCGGAUGUCCUUCCUGAUGCACUGCAAAACUUGAUUGGGAAGACUUUUCAGUUUCUGAUUUGUGUUGAGAAAGAAAAUCUAUAUGGUGGUAGUAAUACAUACAAAGUCGGGAAGGUUUGGAAAGGAAAUGAUGUUUUAUCCGUUGAUGAGGUGAAUGAAUCUGAAGAUAUGGGUGAUCAGAGUUUGCUAUUGCCAGAUUCUAUAUCUCCGUAUGAAGAUUAUAGAUGUAAACAUGAGAUUGGUCAGAACUACAACGAGAAUAUUUUCGACCAUCAACAUCGUGAAGGACAUGUUGAUUAUAGUAGUCUUGGUGUUGAUGAUACCAAAGAUAUGUAUAAUGAUGUCGUCUUUCCAAACAAAUACUGGGAUUCAGAAGAUGAGUAUGAUUAUGAACAACGGUUUGACUGUAGCAGUCUUGAUGGUUCGUCCGAUGAGGAAAACUAUAUUAUGGAUGAAGCUGGCGAAGAAAUUUCAUCUGACAAUGAGGAACCUGAAGACUAUGUUUAUGAUGUCAAGAGUUUAGCUACUAUGUUGCAGAAAUCAUUUUCUGUAGGAGUCUCUAGUAAUAAUAAUCUUUUCUGCGAAUAUAAAGGUAUUUAUUUCCAACGCUAA